GCCCAGAGAUAAAGCAGGGGCACAGCAGGCUGCAAAACUCCCCGGCAUCGAGAGUCAUGGAGAGAGUUCCUAUAAUGGUGCUUCUCCUCCGCCUGUCCCUGCUCUCUCUUGUGUUCAGCUCAGCCGCGGCUCAUCAGGCUGAAGCUGUCAGCGAACUGGGUCACACCCUUGCGCCCACCAGAGACAGCCAUGCCACCCUGAUCAACCCAGAAUCUUCCCAGAGCACCGGGAAAUCACAGAGCACAGUGAGAACGACUACACAGAUCCACAGCAGGAAUGACAGAGCACGCCACAGGACUUCAUACUUACUGAAUGACAUGGUCUCACUGAGCCUGGUUAUCAUCUGUGCCGUGACUGGCCUCUUUGGACUGGGAGUCGCAGGUUUGUGCUGGUACAGGCUGCAGAAGGAGGUGAGACAGGCUCAGAAGGCGGCCUAUGAUGGGAACAAGAAGCCUCAGCUCCAGGUAGGCAACUGGGCCCGGACCCUGUCGGACAAGGAAAGCCCGGGAGGGAACGGUGCGGCGGGAGAGCAUCGGCAGUCCCUUUGGUUUGAGAGAAAGAAGAGAGGGCGGCCUCGGAAACAUCCCCUGGGCAGCAUCCCGCUGGGUUCGAAGGUCAUGUGCAAGGUUUUCACGCACACGCUGUACACAGCGGAGCAAUGUGCCGCUGAGCGGUGCCACUUACCGCAGGAGGACACCGUGGAGUGGGUGCAAUGUGAUGACUGUGAUGCCUGGUACCAUGUGGCCUGCGUCGGCUGUAAUUACACCGCCAUGAAAGAGGCUUCAGCUGAGUUCCACUGUGGUUGCACAUAA